GCGGGUUCCGGCAGAAUCCAAGAUGGCGGCGGCGGAGGCGCCCAGGAGGAUGUCCGUGGUCGCGUGGUUGACUCUCUUCCUAGCCAUGGUGUCGGCGGUAGACAAAAGCAACUUCAAGACCUGUGACCAGAGUUCCUUUUGCAAGCGUCAGAGAAACGUAAAACCUGGAAGCUCCCCUUAUAGGGCGCUGCUGGACUCCCUGCAGCUGAGCCAAGAAUCUAUGAAAAUCCAGCUUAUUAAUGAAGCAAGCAAGGUCCCUCUCCUCCUGGAGUUUUACGGCUUGAAAGGAAACAUGACCCGCCUCCGGAUCAACGAAUUGACGCCCCUCAGACCCCGCUAUGAGGUACACGACGUCUUAAUCCAGGACCCUCCCACCUCCAGAUUGUCUGUCACAGGCCGCGACGAGAACAGCGUGGAGCUCUCGCUGGAGGACGGGACCCACAAGGUGAUCCUGACGGCGAAGCCCUUUCGCAUGGAUUUGCUAGCCGGGCGGGAGCUGGUGCUGAGCGUCAAUUCCCGGGGCCUGCUGGUAUUUGAGCAUCUGCGACAGAGGAAGGACUCUUUCUCGGAUAAAGUUAGUGACACGGUCGUUAGCAUUUGGGAUAGGAUCACGAACGUUUUCUCUAGAACGCCGGCGAAGGAACCCGAGUCGGAAGCGGGGGGAGAACCUGACGACACUGCUAAUCCGGCUUUGCCUUCGGAAGAGGAAUCUGCUGAGAAAACCGAGCAGGUGAAUGCAAAAACUGAAUUCAGGAGAGGAAGAGUGAGGAUGCCUCCCAAAAGGCAGAAGGAUCUGGGAUCCUGGGAAGAAACUUUUAAGACCCACACGGAUAAAAAACCCAACGGGCCAACGUCGGUUGGGCUCGAUUUCUCGUUCCCGGGAGUGGAGAAUGUGUACGGCAUCCCAGAACACGCAGAUAAUCUCCGUCUUCGAACCACUGAGGGUGGGGAUCCGUAUCGCCUCUAUAACUUGGACGUCUUCCAAUACGAACUCUACAAUCCGAUGGCUCUCUACGGGUCAGUCCCGGUGUUGUUAGCUCACAGCGCCCAACGCACCCUUGGCAUCUUUUGGCUCAACGCGGCCGAGACCUGGGUGGACAUCACCUCCAACACAGCUGGCAAGACCAUGUUUGGGAAGAUGCUAGAUUAUAUACAAGGCGGAGGCGAGACGCCCCAGACAGACGUUCGCUGGAUGUCGGAAAGCGGGAUCAUAGACGUCUUCCUUCUGUUGGGACCUUCACCCGCGGACAUUUUCAAGCAGUACGCAUCCCUCACAGGCACCCAGGCUCUGCCUCCGCUCUUCGCCCUGUCCUAUCACCAGAGCCGCUGGAACUACAACGACGAGGAAGACGUGGCCGCCGUGGACAACGGCUUCGACGAGCACGACAUCCCCUACGACGUCAUCUGGCUGGACAUCGAACACACCGACGGCAAGCGUUACUUCACCUGGGACCCCAACAAGUUCGCCCACCCGCGGGAGAUGCUUCAGCGGCUGGCCGCCAAGAGGAGGAAGAUGGUGAGCAUUGUAGAUCCACACAUCAAAGUUGACACCGGCUACCGAAUCCACAAUGAAAUUCGCUCCCGGGACUUCUACGUCAAGACCAAGGAUGGGAAUGAUUAUGAAGGCUGGUGCUGGCCAGGUUCAGCGGGCUAUCCGGAUUUCACCAACCCCCAGAUGCGCUCCUGGUGGUCCAGCAUGUUUGCUUACGACCAAUACGAGGGCUCCAUGGAGAACCUUUACACUUGGAAUGACAUGAACGAACCUUCGGUCUUCAACGGUCCCGAGGUCACCAUGUACAAGGACGCCGUCCACCACGGGGGCUGGGAGCAUCGCGACGUCCACAACCUCUACGGCUUCUACGUGCAAAUGGCCACCGCAGAGGGCCAGGUGCAGCGGUCCGGCGGCAUGGAGCGCCCCUUCGUCUUGACUCGAAGUUUCUUUGCCGGUUCACAACGUUACGGAGCUGUGUGGACAGGAGACAACGCAGCCGAGUGGGACCACCUAAAGAUCUCCAUCCCCAUGUGCUUGAGCCUGAGUUUAGUGGGCAUCUCUUUCUGCGGAGCUGACGUGGGUGGCUUCUUUAAAAACCCGGAGCCGGAGUUGCUGGUGCGUUGGUACCAAGCCGGAGCCUAUCAGCCCUUCUUCCGGGCCCACGCGCACGUAGACACCAUCCACCGGGAACCCUGGCUUUUCGGCGACGAGAACAAAGCUCUGAUCCGGGAGGCGAUCCGCGAGCGUUACGCUCUGCUUCCCUUCUGGUAUACCCUCUUCUAUCAGUCUUACCGGACCGGCAAGCCGGUUAUGAGACCCCUCUGGGUCGAAUAUCCCCAAGAUCCUACCUUGUACCCCAUUGAUGAUGAAUAUCUGCUUGGCGAUGCAUUGUUGGUUCAUCCGGUAACUGCUCAAGGAGCGCGGGGUGUACAGAUCUACUUACCUGGUAAAGGAGAAGUUUGGUACGACGUCCACACCCACCAGAAACUCCACGCCCCACAGACGUUUUAUUUGACGGUCACCAUGAGCAGCAUUCCCGUUUACCAGUGUGGGGGCAGCAUCGUGGCUCGCAAGGAGCGUGUCCGCCGUUCUUCGGACUGCAUGCAGAACGACCCAUACACGCUCUACGUGGCUUUGGGGCCUCAGGGAACCGCCCAAGGGGAACUUUUCGUUGACGACGGACACACGUAUAAUUUCGAGACGAAAGGAGAAUACCUGCACCGCCUCUUCCAUUUCUCUGGCAACGUGCUGACGGCCAGCUCGGCAGAUCCAAAAGGCAGGUUUGAAACCCUGGCCUGGAUCGAACGGGUGGUGAUCCUCGGAGCGGGAAAACCAGGGGCCGUCUUCCUCAAACAACCCGGAGCAGGCGAGACGCGCCUGGAUUUCACCCACGAAGCCGAGACCUCCGUUCUAACCAUCCGGAAGCCCGCCGUGAAUGUCGGAGAAGACUGGAGCAUCUCGCUACGAUAAUGGCACGAGGCGGGAGGGGGGCGGGGGAGACAAGAAUUAUCUGGGCAGAGGGGCAGGGAGAUGUUGGGGGUGCGGGGUUGAGGAGCUCUAGGUCAGGAUCCUAUCUCCCCCCCCCCCCAAAUCCUUUGGGUAGAUAGAUCUGAAAGCUCCCCGCUGCCACUGUAUCUCAGGUCCAGUGUCCCAGUUCAGAAGGCAUGAAAUGGAAGAGGGAUAUCUUUCCCUUUUUAUCCUUUUCUUCCUCCCUCUUUCCUUUCCUUUCCUUUCCUUUCCUUUCCUUUCCUUUCCUUUCCUUUCCUUUCCUUUCCUUUCCUUUCCCUUCCCUUCCCUUCCCUUCCCUUCCCUUCCCUUCCUCCCUCUGGCCUUUUUAUCCUUCUCUUCCUCCCCCUUUCCUUCCCUUCAGUCCCUCCCCUGUCUGUCUUUCUCCUUCCUACUUUCUUCCUCUCUCCCCUUCCUUUCUUCAUUCCUUAUUUUUCCUUCUCUUCUUCCCUCCCUAUCUCUCCACUCCUCCCAUUUUUCCUUCCCUCGUCCUCUCCUCUUUCUUUGUUCGUCUCUUCCACCCUCUUUUCUUUUUUCCUUCUCUUCUUCCCUUCCUUCCUUUCCCAUCUCUCCCCUCCAAUCUUUUUCCUUCCUCCAUUUCCCUCCUUCUCUCCUUUCUAUGUUCCUUCUUUCCUCCCUCCCUCUUUCCUUCCUAUUUCUUCUCCUUCACUUCUUCCCUGCCUUCCCCUCCACCCUCCCGUCUCUCUCCUUCCUCCUUCCUUCCUCUCUCUCCCCUUCCUCCCUCUCCUCUUUCUCUCCUCCUCCCUCUCUUCCCUCCCUCCUUCCUUUCUUCCCUCCCUCCGAACUUUUAGCAAUAUUGGCUGUAAAAUGAGGACUUUCCUGGCGACGCUGGAUGGCAACCCAGUUUUCCCUUAGGGGACUGGAGGCCAAGGCACUCACCCACCCUCUCUCUCUCUCCCCUUCCAAUUAUUUUUCUGGAAAAUGCAAACCCAGAUUGCCUUUUUUCCAAAAUUGGUGGGCCUAGCUCUCGUUCUCUGCACCCCUUUUCCCCCUUUAUCUCUGUCCCGCAUGUUCUGGCUGAAGUUUUAAAUCGGUUUCUGGACCAAUUUGGGGGUGGGGAGGGGGGGAGAACUCAAAACAGAAAUUUAAUUGACAGUUGGCGAGGACUGCCUUUUCAACCCCUUUCCUCGCCGGCCAGUGAAUGUGCUACAAUUUCCUCCACAAUCCUGUACACCAACCCUUUUGCAGUUUGCAAGAACUUGUUGUGUGUGUAGCCAGACCACAAAAACCUCACUCGAUAAUCCCUGCCCCUCCCUCCCAGGAGGAUCUUCCUGCUAAAUCCUUGAGGGUUGUUUUUUUCGGGUUUUUUUUUCCCAGACUGGCGGGUUGGGGAGGGAAUUUUCUGUUUUCCAAGGGAGGGAAGUGACUCAGGUGCCAGUGAAUCACUGUCACUUCUAUUUAUGGCGAUUUUUUUUAAAAUUUUGGGCGGGGAAGGCAGACCAGACAGAUCAUGUGAUGAUUAAAAAAAAAGAGAGAUGUUGUGUUGUUGUUUAGUUACCAGAUUUAAGCUUGUGCGGAAGUGAGAAAUGGCUGUCCUUCACAGGGACCAAGGAAAAAUGGGGUGGGGGAAAUCGCAUGGGGGGGGGCAUGAGCUGCUAGAGAAGGACCCCCCUUCCUUGCAGGAAAGGGAGAAGCCAUGGGUGCAUCUGCCUGCUGGAAGGGCUGGAAAUUUUUUUUUUUAAAAAAAUUCGUUUUUAGCUGCUCUGCCUCCUUCCCUCCCUUCCCUGCCUUCGGGUUUCUCUCUUGCCUACAAGCCAGCAGCUUUCGUUAUGUGAUUUGUUUUUUUUUUUUUUUUAAAUGAUUAUCCGUUGGUGUCUGUGGAUUAACAUUCCUGAUUCUGGCUGGUUUCUCCCUUAAUACGUGUUUGCCAAGCGAAAAAAAGAAAAAAGGCACAGAACGGAGCUUUUAGUUAAAAAAAAAACAAAAAGAAAAUUCCUUAACACAUACACGCACCCAAACACACGCGCACCGAAAUCUUUUCUAUCCCUUCCUUGAUGGCCGUGACAUCUGCAGGUAAAAGCUUUUACUGACUCGAGUGUUUUGAUAAAAAGAUGGAGAAUUCAAAAAUAAAAAUGCCGUAAAAUCUCA